AUGGGUGACCUACGGUCGAAGUUAAGGGCCAAAAUAUCGCGACGGAACUCGGGCGUCCCGUCGCUCCCGUCUAGCGCAAAUGGCAACAACAGCAGCCUCAGCGGGAAGAGCAUUGAGCCCAGCUCGCCCGUGAGCGGUCAUCGCUUCAAAUUUGGCGGCGGAACGGCAUCGCCAACAUCGCCCGGGAGUUUCGAUGGGAGCCCCCUCUCUCGGGAAACCACGGGGCUUUCGGACAGGAAAUUGACGGUGGAUGCAAAACAGAACCAUGGGCAACCCAAACUCGGACAAGACAGUAAUGCGGGCCAGCGGGCUCUGAUAAAUGGCAAUGUUGUGGAUGUUGUCCGGGUGGGCACUGGCAGUGUCACUAGCACCGGCGCUGGCGCACAGAGCGUUGUGGUCCAGGCCCUGGACCCCAAGAGUCCCACUAACAACAACAAUCCUGGUCCCUCGCAACUUGGCAACAACGAUGGCCAGGGCAGUGUCAGUGGUCGCCACAGUUUGACAGCGAACACUCAGCUUUCGCCCAUUGAUACCGUUCAAACGGCAGCGACAACGACAGCGACAGCGACCGCAACCGCACCCACACCCACAGACGAAAUCCGAUCUCGAAUCUCCAUCGACGCCGUUCGCCGACUCCGAUUGACCGACGACCCACUGCCCACGAGUCUGUCCCGGUCUGGGUCUUCCACUUCCCGACCGCCCGCAACCACUGUUGUCUCCAGUCGCCCAUCCUCCUCCACCUACCAAGACGUGGGAGUGGACCCGACAAUUGGAGGUCCUGCACCACCAAGCAGCCAUCAAUUGCGUUCAUCCAGCUCCGCGAGCUACCGUCCGUCCGGACCCCCCCGACGGCAGAGUCUGCUGCCCCAUCGACAGACGACCCUGAUCCGCACGCUGCUGGACGCUGGCCAGCCCGAUGACCUCGACCACAGUGACUCGGAUCACUUGCUGCCCAUCAGCGCAACAAUGGCCACGCGCAAGCUCUGGGUCAAGCGCCCAGGUGGCUCCGCGACCUUGGUCACCAUCAACGAGGAGGACCUCGUCGACGACGUCCGCGAAUUGAUCCUGCGGAAAUACGCCAACACCCUCGGCCGCCAGUAUGAUGCCCCCGAUCUUACACUACGCAUUUUACCCCGUGAGGGCCAGCGACAGGAGCGGGUGCUCGGGCCCGAAGAGCCCAUGGCCCGCACCUUGGACGCAUAUUUUCCCGGCGGCCAAGUCGUCGACGAAGCACUGCUCAUCGACGUCCCGCACCGUCGCCACACGCCGCGUGCGUCGCCCAGGAACGGCCCGCCCCACGCACAACACCUCACCUCUGUUGGCUACGACGACAUUCGCCCGCUCGAAGCCAGCACCGACUACUUUGGGCCCGGCGCGGUUGCCCACAUCCCCGUUGCGGCGCUGGCGAAUGCCGCAAACGGUACCACACACGCCAUUUCCGUUCUCAACACCGGCCAAGUGCCCCAGAUCCCCUCGCCGGGCGCAACGACACGGCAACGACAGUACCGAGAACGAUCCGAUCGCCCACGAAUCGGAAGACAACACACUUCAUCCCCCACGAUUCUCAACGUCGUUGGCGCGGGGGGCCAUACGGCUACCAUUGCAGUCGCCGCAAAUCAUGGUAUGGCUCACGCGGCUUCGAUCCCACGUUCGCGGACUCAUUCAAAUGCUUCUUCAGAACAGACCAACCCGGGCCAAGGCGUACCACCGGCCCCUCCUCCCCUUCCCACGCCUCCGAGCCAGGACCCGGCCGCCGUCGUGCCCAUCAUCCCCCGGACCGCUACCCCACCACCAGUGAGGCCAGCAUCGCCUCGUGCGCCCAUCGCAGCUAGACCAAAGAAAAAGAAGACGGUGGAAGCACCCGCGCUGCCGGCCGGCAUGCUCAACGGCGGCGUGCCGCCCAUCAAUGUUCUGAUCGUCGAAGAUAACAUCAUCAACCUGCGACUCUUGGAGGCCUUUGUCAAGCGGCUCAAGGUACGCUGGCAAACCGCUAUGAACGGUCGCGAGGCCGUCAACAAAUGGCGAACCGGCGGUUUCCAUCUGGUGCUCAUGGAUAUCCAACUCCCCGUCAUGAGCGGCCUGGAGGCUACGCGUGAAAUUCGCCGUCUCGAGCGUACCAACUCCAUCGGUGCGUUCUCCACCACUACCAACGGUAACGUCUCGGUCAACGGUGGUGGCAGCGAUACCACCGGAGACGGCGAGCCGGACGAGACGAAAGGGGAAGAGCUGCCUGAGGAGGACAAGCUCCAAAACAGGGAUAUGUUCAAGAGCCCGGUGAUUAUUGUUGCGUUGACGGCGAGCUCGUUGCAAAGUGAUCGUCACGAGGCGUUGGCGGCCGGGUGCAAUGACUUCUUAACAAAGCCUGUCACCUAUGUGUGGCUUGAACGCAAGGUCAUGGAAUGGGGCUGCAUGCAGGCCCUGAUCGACUAUGACGGGUGGCGGAAGUGGAAAUCCUUCACUUCACCGCCGCCGAAACUCGAAAACGAGGACCCGGCUGCGAAAAAGACCAGGGCCAAGAGGAUUAAGACCGCUCCCAACAGCUCCUCGUCUGACGGCCAAUGA